CUCCCAGUCUCAGCUGUUCGUUGUGUCAGGAGUGAUUCGAAAAGAGGAGAGAUGUUCUGUGAAUUUUGAUAUCAAGAUGAUUUACGGAGUGAAUGAAUAACAGUCCCGUUCCGUAGCUUCUGUAUAGAGACGGAUAUCGGAGAAUCAAUCCAGGCAUGGCUUUCAUGAACCCGAAAGCCUUGUUCACAAACUUCGACGGCGCACGAUAUUUCUCUAAAGUGGAUGAGCCGGAAAGAUGUGCAUCGCGCUUGAGUUACUCCCCAUCUCAGAAUAUCCUAGCUGUCGUGACUCUCGAUGGAGCGGUCGAGAUUUUUACUGGAAGAAACACCACGCCGGAAAACGAUUUGCAAUCAUUCAAACCUUACGCGAAGAUCUCGUUGCCUGACGAUGAGGCCACCUGCGUUUACCUGCUGACAGUUACGUCGAAAAAAUCUUCAAUCAUUGGGGGGAGUUGGUGCAGCGUAGUGGUGGGCACGAAAUGUGGCAAUGUCCUCUUCCACAACGAAGAAGGCCUCUUAUUGAUACGCCAAGCUUUAUUUGGCCAGCCUGUUUCGAGUGUGUGCGCCUCGAUCAGCGCUCACCUGCAGGGAUACGUGUACGCUUCAUCAGCUUCGUCGAUCGAUGUCGUGGUAUACGGGGAACUCGUCCCAGAGCUCGAGAGUCAUUUGAAUUCGGCGCUCCUAUCUCCGAGCAAGGCCAACGUUCAAGUGCCAUUGAACUGGAAAAAUCUCCGUCUACAGCAAGUCAAGAACACGCAACAAAUUUCUCUGACACAUCAUGGGAGUCCUGAGUGUUAUUUUGAUCUCCUGGAAAGGUGCACCAUCGACCGACAUUCCGUCCGUGGGGAGCUGUCGAACGCCAUAAACCUCCAGGUCUCCAGCGUGGGCGCGGAUCCAUUCUACAACCUGACCGUUAGCAGGGAAGUUAGCCAAACGAAUCUCGUGUCUGACAUCGCGGUAGCGGUCGCGAAUAAGUUCACCCGGAUGCUAUCUGACAAUGUCCCUUUCUGGGGAUCUAAGUCAAACGCUCCCACCGAAGCUGAGCUCGCGCCGAAGAUUUCUAAUCUCAAUGUUCUGCAUCAGCAUGGCAUUUUCGAUCGAGACCGUUUGGGCACGAGUAUGUGCGUUUCUCCUAGCAAACGAUUCAUCGCCCUGGUCGACAGCCUUGCGAGGGUGGUCCUCAUGGAUGCUGGGAAAGGUACUCCACUGUACGUCAUGAAAGGAUACCGUAAAGCUCAGCUCGGUUGGAUCACAUCGAGCUCUCUCGAUGGUUCUGGCCGCACCUUGGAGCUUCUUGUGAUUUACUGCGCCAAAUCCAUGCAGCUGGAGUUAUGGAAUACGCGAAAGGCGACCAGAGUGACGGCAUUUAGCGCACCAGGGGGCGCGGGUUUCCUCGUCUACGAUUCGGGGAGCAUCGCCGCCGGAAACGAAGACGACUUCCCCCCCGAAGAUCAUCAGGCCUAUUUCAUCACCAAAGGCGGACUACUCUACGAUAUUCGUAUUUUAUUUUCUGAGGCGCUCGAGUUUGAGGACUUGGCUGAGAUGCAGGGUCAUCUCGAUGAUCUUGCUGAAAUCCGAGAGAUCCUCUUGCAAUACAGCCCCGAACGGCUGGCAAGGUUCGAGAGGCUACUCAAACGCUUCAAACGCGUGUCUUUGCUUCAACAAAUUCUCAAGCUAGUUUGUGACUGCGAUGGCGUGGACGGGCCUCUCAUCGACUGCGUUGUCAGGACUCUGAAAGGGAAAAACUUCCGCGGCGCGCGGAAAGCUACUGAGAGACUCCAGAAAAAUCUCUCCAAGAUAGAGCGGGUCGUCUGCAUCUUCGACCACCUGAAAGAAAACGCUCAAAAGCCAUUCGAAGACGAGCUGUCUGAACUCCCGCAUUGCUCUGAUCUUGAUGCUCUGGCACGUUAUCAGAACGCCUUCCAGUAUUAUGAUACCGAUAACGAUAUCGCGUUCUCGCUGGAGCAGGUGAAGCUCUGCGACUUUCUAAACAGUUUCGCGGUGCUUUCCGACUCGAAAGAUUCCAAGAUUAUCGCCGAAAAAUACGAAGAGCAUCAACAUCUAGUCGCCGAUUGCCUGAUUGCUGCAGCGGCAGAUGAAUCCCUAUUUCGACUCCUCAAAGAGCUAGACGUUUGCUUGUGGUCCAUAACCAGCAAUCUCCUGAGCUCGCUGUUCAGUACGAUGACCAAUGACACGGACAAGUGUUCGCGAACUUACACAGUUCUCCGAAGCAUCUUGAACGAAAUGAGAGCACACGACGAAAGCAUAGAACCGUUCCUGCAUUUGGUCUACGAAGAAAUAUCUACGACCGAAAACGUUCCUGCCGCUAUACUAGCCAGCUACAUGAUGCGCUGCGCCCUGGAUGUCGAACGGCACAGUCUCCUCGACGAAGUCGAAGAACCGCUCGAGUGUAGAAUAUUCAAUGGCCUCUUCAAACAACUUCAAAGCAUUCUCUCGCUUGCGGCUUUGCUUCGAUGUCGCGUUCUAGAUCCCUCAUUGUCUAGCAAUCCUUGCGCGAGGAUGUUCCCAAUAUCACUGAAUGGCCUCAGGAAAUCCGAAGGUCACAUCAGCUACAUCGUUUCGCAGUGGAUCUGUGAACAGCGUCUCACCCACGAGCAUCUGACUAAAGCCCUCAACAACCAACCGACCCUCACGCCGUGUCUGGAACAAUCCCUGGAGACUCCGGAGAUCACUCUGGACGUCGCUCUGCAGCUGCUGUGCGACGUCCGGAUCACGUUCCCGGUUUCGUUGCAGCUGGAGACGCUGUUGGCGAAUUGUUGUUGGAGCUAUCUCUGUCUCUGGGAUAAGAACUACGAGGAAGCCGAACCGCUCGAUUGGUGCCUCGACUACUUACGCGCAAUCAAAGCCUUCAAGCUCAAGGAGGGUCUCUGUCAUAUGAUCUGGAAAUCUCACCUACAAACCCGCGUUAUCUCGUUGGCGAGGAUCGUAGAGCAGACCGGUAGCCUACCCGACGCUCAGCUGAUCCGUCACGUUCAAGUGGGCAAAUUCGUCCUAUUGAACUUCUUGAAUUUUUGUUCGACCAUUCUCGACGUUAUAAUCGAGAGUAUGCUGCCAAGCGAAGACAUAGAAUUGCUGUGCCCCCUGUCGGAAGAGGAAACUUUGGCUCCUGGAUUCUCUGAAGGUGACCCCUCCCUGAUUUCGCGGGCGCUCUCCUUGCCGCAGGCGCUCCGAGAAACGGUUCAUCUCCAUUACAGUCUCGUCACAAUUCUGACCUACUGCGUUCAAUUCAAUCUGGACGAUAUUCAGCCGCUGUCACUUUUCGAUAGUGCUGCUCAGAGCGCUCUCUCAGAGGAUAUCUGCGAAGUGUAUACUCGAUACAACCAGGCGACUUCCGCAAAUGUUGCGCUGUCGAAUCUACGUAGCACAUUCCUGAGACGAUCAAUCGAGGCCUGUGUGCAGGUACUGCCCGAUUCCUUCGAUUCAGCCGAGCUCAAUCAAUGUCAAACCACCGUGUCGCGACUGGUUGACUUGGCCCACUCGUGGGAUAUCGAUCCGGAUGUCGUCAAGAAAGAGUACGUGCUGCAACUCUACUCCGGUGGGCACGAUCAGCUGGCUCAGGAAAUCAUGUGUCAAAUCGGUGAACGCCGCGCUAUGGUGGCUCCGCUGAUGAUAAUUAUCGGCCUGCGGACUCGCUCGGUCCUUGGUCAGAUCGACAAUACAACUUGUGAGAAGCUCGGCGCAGUCUCCACCAAAGUCAAUCGAUGGAUUGCGGAACUUCCCGAGCGGACGCUUAGGUGUACCGACAAGAGCGUCGAUAGCACGAUGAGCUUGGUCCAGCUCGUUCUCAAUCUCGUGCGCGAAGGCGAUGCCGAGGAGAUCCUGUUGAACGAAAUCAUACUCCUCCUCACGAACAUCCAAUACACAAUGAUGUAA